CGCAGCGACCGGGCUAUCGCUCCUGCUAGACUAGCUAGCUGCGGGAUCAUGAUGGUAGCAGCGGCCGCCGAGCGGAACAAGGAACCUAUCUUGCGAGUGCUGCGGCAGUACGUGGACCCGGCCCAACACGGCAUCCGAGUGCUUGAAGUGGCCUCUGGCUCCGGCCAGCACGCGGCCCACUUCGCGCGGGCCUUCCCCUAUGCUGAGUGGCAGCCGUCCGACGUGGACCAGCAAUGUCUGGACAGCAUCUCGGCCACCACUCAAGCCCAGGGGCUGUCCAACGUGAAGACUCCGCUGUACCUGGAUGUGACCUGGGAUUGGAAGCAGUGGGGCGGGAUCCUGCCGCAGUCGCUGGACCUGCUGCUCUGCAUUAACAUGAUCCACAUCAGCCCCCUGAACUGCACCAAGGGGCUCUUCAGAGCAGCAGGACACUUGCUCAAACCCAAGGCACUGCUCAUCACCUAUGGGCCCUACGCUGUCAAUGGGACGAUCUCUCCACAGAGUAAUGUGGACUUUGACCUGACCCUCAGGAGCAGGAACCCAGAGUGGGGGCUUCGGGACACAGCCUUCCUGGAGAAGCUGGGACAUGCCAGCGGCCUGCUCCUGGAGAGAAUGGUGGAUAUGCCAGCCAACAACAAGUGCCUGAUUUUUCGGAAAGAGUAACCCGUCCUUCUCUCACCUGCCUAUGUCCCCAGUGAAGUCUCUUCUGGGACAAGGCCAGGGGGCCAACCCCUGCCUCCGUGGCCCAGGCCAUGGGGAAUGGCCCUGCCCAUUUGGGGGGCUGUUGACCACUGUCCACAGGGCUGCUAAGGGCCUGGGAAUAAAGCACUUCCUG